AUGGCCAAGGCAUACAGAAAGGAGGAUUUUGAUAAAUUGAUGGCUAAGGUUUAUAAAAUUGAUCACAGGGUUAAGGAGUACCUUGAGGAUGCAAGGUAUGAGAAGUGGUCGAGAGUUCAUUCAACAGUAAAUAGAGGUAGAAUGAUGACUUCAAACAUUGCAGAAUGUAUCAAUAGUUGUCUUGUUGAAGCACGACAAUUGUCUAUAUUAGAAUUCUUGGAAGAAGUUAGAAUUCUAUUUGGUUCUUGGCAUUGCAAAAACAGAGAAAUAGCCUCUUAUACAAAGGACACAUUGGGGAGAAGAUUUGAGGAGGAAUUGAUUAUAAACGCAUCUAAAAGUUCGAAGAUGGAGGUUGUUCCAUCAUCUGAAUUUAUUUUCUCGAUUUAUGAAGAUGGAAAAAGAUACAUUGUUUGUCUUGAGCGGAAAGUAUGUUCUUGUGGAAGAUUUCAACUAGAUGAGAUACCUUGCGCACAUGCAAUCGCUGUUUUAAAGGAAAAGAAUGUUAAAGAUAUGCAUCCAUAUUGCUCUGAUUACUACAAGCCUGAUGCAUUAGCAAAAACAUAUGAGAUUCCAAUGGUUCCAAUGCCAGAUAAGGAAGAUUGGUCAGCUCCUGAGGAUGUGGUAGCUGAAACUGUGUAUCCACCUAGAUACAGACGAUUAGCUGGACGACCAAGAAAAAAAAGAAAAAAGAAUGCGGAUGAAAAGAUUACAGUGAACACAAAUUGUUGUGGACAAUGUGGACAAGAAGGUCACAACAGAAGAACUUGUACUUUCUUUCCAAAAGAAAAGUGA